UUGUAAUAAAGUCAAAAGGGGAUGUACUUCUAUAGUUUUAGGAAAUCAAAGUAAUGUAGUUGACUCUGCAUAUUGGUAUGCACGCAAUCAAGCUAAUUGGAGUGUGCUAUUGGGAAAAGGGCCAAAAAUGACACUGACGUUGUUUAGCAAUCUCAGAUAGGACACUGAAGUUUAAAGUGGACCAUUUAAACACAUAAGCCACCUGUUUGGGUUACAUUUGGCCACUCCCUAAUCGAGCCAUCCAUCUGUCGUUAACUCCCUCUUCUCCCCCCAAUUAAACGCUACCCAACAACUCCUCAGCAACCCUAAUAAAAACGAUCAACCACUUCCAGCCUCUCAGAGAUCGUAUAACAACAACAGAGAAAUGGGUGAUGGAGGUUCACGUUCGAGGUGGACUGGUGAAGAGAAAUCAAGCUCUUUCUCCGUUGAAUCGGUGAAGAAGCGAAGCAAUUUAGAAUCUGGAACUCCUACUCGUUUCACCUAUUGUAAAUGCAGAAACAUGAAUGGAAUGGUUACAGAAGCUAGACUUUGGACCUCAUGGACUGAUAAGAAUCCUGGGAGACGAUUCUAUGGAUGCCCAUAUUAUAAGAAGGAGGGGUGCGGUUUCUUUCAAUGGCAUGAUGAGCAAUUCACAAAUAGAGCGAAAGAUGUGAUAAAUCAGCUGAAAUGGGAGAACAAAAGGCUUAGGGGUGCACUAUGUCACCCAAAUGGCAAAGGGGGGGGGGUGUUUGAUGACACUGUAGGGCUAGAAUUUGAUACUGAAAGUUGUCAAUUUGAAAAUUCAGAUCAAAGGCUGCAAUAUGAUAGUACCAACAAUGUUGAGGUUAUAAAUUUAGAAAGGGAAAGAAAGACAAUGAGGAACUACUUAGUUGUACUGUUUUUGUGUGUCCUAGUUGCACUGAUUUGUAUGUUAACUUAGGUAGAAGAAUAUAGUAGGUUAUGGUGUUGUAAUUUUGUUUAAUGUAUGCAUUCUGCUAUUGUAAACAGA